AUGUUUACUUAUUUCUUUUGCUUUUUCACGAAAAAGCGAGUGUUUCUGAUUGAUGAUAAUCUGCUGGAGAUGUAUCCAAGCUGUCCAGAAUAUAGCUGUAAACAUAUAGCAGCUGAUAUCACAAGUGUCUCAUUUAAUGAAAAGCCAACAGAAGAGAUAAUUGUUCAAAGAGGCACAAAAUCGGUGAAAUUGAAACUGAAUUUUGUUCCAAAGGACUAUCAACCGGGAAUUACUUCUUGUUUAGAACCACUUUAUUGGUUCACCGAAUGGCCACGCUUGAUCGUUUUCAUGGAACUUUAUCAAAUGAUCGGUUACACGAAAUUCCUCUUCACAUGGACUUCAAUGACAAAAAACGUGAAGAAAGUUCUUGAUUACUAUGUUUUAAAGGGCUUAGCCGAGCUCCAACCGUAUCCUUUAAUGCCCUACACUGAUACAGCUCUCUUCUUGACCGAAUUUGCGCGUGAACCUUUCACUCAUUGGGUCGAGCGUUUCUUCAAAGAUAGAAAUUUCUAUGGAACAAAACCCAAUGAGAUUGUUUAUUUACAUGCAAGGAACAGUUUCGAAAGAGAAAGACUAACAAAUGAGCAAUUGAAUGGUACGAAGAAUUUGAUGCCCGACGUGGAUUUGUUGGGAAAAAAUCCUGCUGAAAAACUUGAACGAAUCCGAACUGCGAUUAGGGAGAUUUUUGGAGAGAAUCCGCCUCCAUUCACUCAUGAGACGAAUGAUGCUCUUGAUGACUGUUUGAAGAAUUGGGAAGUGACACAAAAGGGUUGUCGAAAGCCGGUGACUGGGUGCUUCGACGCGGUGAAAUUUAUGGAGGAAUGGGUGUUCGCUAAGCCGACAAAAGAAAAUAAAUGGACAUUGCUU